UCGAACCAAGACUCAAUUGAAAAAAAAAAUGAGCACGGCGAGAUUCAUCAAGUGCGUUACGGUUGGCGACGGAGCCGUGGGGAAGACUUGCAUGCUCAUUUCCUACACCAGCAACACUUUCCCAACGGAUUACGUUCCAACAGUGUUUGAUAACUUUAGUGCCAAUGUGGUGGUAGAUGGUAGCACAGUGAAUCUUGGCCUAUGGGACACCGCCGGACAAGAAGAUUACAACAGGCUAAGGCCUCUGAGUUACAGAGGAGCUGAUGUGUUUUUGCUAGCUUUUUCUCUGAUAAGCAAGGCUAGUUAUGAAAACAUAUACAAAAAGUGGAUCCCUGAGCUAAGACAUUAUGCUCCUAAUGUGCCGAUUGUGCUUGUUGGAACCAAACUAGAUCUGAGAGGUGACAAGCAGUACUUGAAUGAACACCCUGGAUCAACAGCAAUAUCAACUUCUCAGGGAGAGGAACUGAAGAAGAUGAUAGGAGCAGUCACUUACAUUGAGUGCAGUUCCAAAACCCAACAGAACGUGAAGGCUGUUUUUGAUGCCGCAAUUAAGGCAGCUUUGAAGCCACCAAAACCAAAGAGAAAAUCCUGGAAGCGAAGAUCAUGUGCUUUCCUUUGAAAAUCAAUCGUUGUUGCAGAUAGAACACUUAUCAGCUAUAUUUUGUAUUAUUUUUCUAUCAGCAAUUGGAGUUUUGUUUAAGGUUGA